AUGCAUCUGAAAAGUUGUUGCGCACUGCUUCUGCUGGCACUAGUUGCCUGCCAGGCUGCACCAUCCACGUCCAAGAACAUCGAGAAGAAAUCGAUCAGUGAGAAGGCGAGCAAGAUCGAGAAAGAGGAUAUGAAGUUGGAAGAUUUUGGCCUGGAUAAGGACAGAACGAAGAAAUCGACGACGUUUUGCGUGGAGGUUCACGAUGGAGUAAAACAAAACGUUCCCUGUACAGAGCAACAACAGCCUCUAGUUCUAGUCCAGCCUGAGUUUCCCCAGCAGACGUUAAUGCAACAUUCGGCCCUUCAUCUUCCCGCUCAGGUCCCUGAAACAAAACUCGUGCCAGCAGCAAUUCCGCAGCCCUUCCACGUGAUCCAAGCGCAACCACAACCGACCUUACACGUGCAGCAAGUUGCUCAACCAAUUCCUCAGCCAAUUCCUCAGCCAAUUCCUCAGCCAGCUCCCCAACACGUGAUCUACAUGCAAUCCCCACAACCUGCUCAAACUCCCACACCUCCACAAGCUCCCAUCGUCAACAUCUUAACGCCUCCCGCCGCUCCCUGCAAUGUUAUGCCGGCUCCGACGGUGAUCCGCGAGGAACAGAAACACGAGCAUCAUGCGAAAAUCGAGCAUCAUGCAACACCAGCAUCACCAGAAAUACGGGAACCAGAACAGAAACUAAGGCCGAUAGCUAUACAACAAGCUGUGGAAAUAUUGCCAAUGGAAUCUCCAGUCAAGCAAGAUUUGUACGUCUUAAGGCCCAGACCCGUGCAACUAUAUCCUGAAAAAUUGGCCGUGCAGGUGACCGAGUUGGAACAACCUCAGCCUUUAGCCGAGGCACAGUGCAUCUGCGCCCAUAAGGGACACUCGAAUCCAGCUUGGCCUAGGACACAUCACAAAGUGCACGAGCAUCAUGUUGUAGUAGAGCCUAAAGUCGGGCCUUCUCCAUUGUUCCUAACGCCCCCCUGUCCUUACCACUUAUCGAGUCAGCCGACUGUUUUAGGAGAAUACCCGGGAAAUACGUACGGUGACACGAUAAUUUCGGUGCAUCAGCAACCUCUGCGCCCAUACUAUCUCAACACAUAUCCUAAUAUGCGUCCCCUGAGUUCACUUCCUGAGUAUACAUCUUAUCCUGUGAAAACCUACAAUUCUCACCCAUACGCACAAAGUGUCACUGUGAAUGCAUUCAAUGACCAGAUAGGAACUUUUCGCCAGGCACAAUCGACCCCGCAAAAACUUAUGGAGAACAAUAAAUCAGAGAAAGGACCUCCAGAUGCUCCCACAACGAUCAAACUCCCUAAGGUCCUUGUCUAUCCGGCAGCGAGCAAACGAGAAGCUGAUUCGAUACAGUUAGAGAAGCACCAGCAAGCAAAUAUUGUGCAGGAGCAAGCAAAUUUCGUGGAGUCGGACAAAACAGCCGUGGAGUUGAAGUUCGGCGAACAGCAAACCACGAAGUGA